GGCGCUGUAGCGCAAACACACAAGCAAAGCCAUCCGCGAAGAAGAGCUGCAGGAAGCAUGUGUUUGUGAACAUGUGAGUGGCAGACAAGCAGCGCUAAAUUAUUUAAUAAAACAAAUAGUUUUAUGCUCCAUCAUGUCGUCUUUCUUUAUAAAGAAAAAAGUCAUCUCUGCGGCUCCUAAUAAAGGAGAUUUAAAAAGAAAGAGUAAUGCAGAUGAUGGCAAAGGCAGAUCAAAAAAAUUCAGUAAGCGAAAGGAUGAAGAAAUAUCGAGUGACUCGGAAAAUGAAAGUGCUGAUCCAAACAGAAAACAACAGGAAAACGAAGACGACGAGAUCGAGGAGACGCCGCAAGAGAAGAAACUUCGCCUGGCCAAGCUUUACCUGGAGCAGCUGAGAGAGGAAGAGGACAAGAGAGCUGAGCAGGAGUCAUUUGAAGCGGACCUCAUAGCUGGAAGACUGCAGGAGGAUGUGCUGGAACAGAAAGGCAAACUGCAAAGACUGAUAGCCAAAGAAAUCAUAGCUCCAGACCCAGCAGAGAUCAGGUUGUUGAGAGGACACAAACUACCUGUCACAUGUCUCGUCAUCACCCCGGAUGAGAAAUACAUCUUCUCGGCAAGCAAAGACUGCUCCAUCAUCAAAUGGGAGGUGGAGAGCGGGAAGAAGGUGCAGAAGAUCGCAGGAGGACGGAAGGGAACAGAAGCGCGUCAUGUGGGACACACCACUCACGUCCUGUGUAUGGCCAUAUCAUCUGAUGGAAAAUACCUGGCUAGUGGAGACAUGAAUAAGUUCAUCAUGAUCUGGGAUCCGAUGACAUGUAAACAUCUGUACAAGUUUAAAGGACACAAAGGUGCUGUAUCGGGUUUGGCCUUUAGACGAGGAACUCACACCCUCUACAGCGCGUCACAUGACCGCUCAAUAAAAGUGUGGAGCGUGGAUGAGAACGCUUAUGUAGAAACCCUGUUCGGCCAUCAGGACAUGAUCACCGGGUUGGACUGUUUGAGUCGAGAGAGAUGCGUGACUGCAGGAGGACGAGACCGGACAGUCCGAGUGUGGAAAAUUGCUGAGGAAUCACAGCUUGUUUUUCAUGGACACGAGGGCUCCAUUGAUUGUAUCCAGCUUAUUAAUGAAGAACACAUGGUCACAGGUGGAGAUGAUGGCUCUAUAUCUAUUUGGACGGUUAAUAAGAAGAAGCCGGUGAGCACAGUGAAGCAAGCCCACGGUAGCCAUGGCAACACUGGUCUGGAGCAGCCCUACUGGGUGUCUUCUGUGGCGGCGCUGCACAACUCUGACAUCGUGGCAUCAGGUGCCUCAGGUUCCCAUAAUUCAGCGGUGCAGCUGUGGAAGUGUGGGCAGGGAUUCAGAGGCCUGGAGCCGCUCUUCAGCGUCCCUAUGACUGGAUUUGUCAACAGUCUGAAGUUCUCAAACUCUGGGAAGUUUCUUGUGGCGGGAGUUGGACAGGAGCACAGAUUGGGCCGAUGGUGGAGAAUAAAGGAAGCUAGGAACGGACUAUAUAUCAUUCCUCUUAAAAGACAAGCUCAAGAGCAAGAAGUUGGCCAGUGAUUUGGUUUGGUAUCAGGAAACUUUUGGUAGCUUUGUUUUUUUCUUCUUUUGUUAAUAUGUCAGAAUGUGAUGUAAAAGAGGAGCUUUUGAUUAAAUGUCUAUGGAGUUUA